GUUCAGGCUGGGUUGGGAUGAGCUAAACUCACCCAGCCGAAGCUCAGCCCAAAUCUGGUCGGGUGGACCUGGUUGGGGCCUGGAGGGUUAUGUUUGGACAUCAAGAUCUUCUCGAUUUCAAGCCAAUUGAUCGAGUCCGACUGACAGUGUGGACUUGCCGCUCGCACAGCCCAACUGACAGCCUAGAGUCGCGGACUCCCGGGGUUGUUUCGGCUUCAUCCCUAGCCGAAGAGAGAGAGAGAGAGAUGGGAGGGAAAGGUCGUCGUCGGAGGGAGAAGAACUACAGGGCAGCGCAUGGAGGUUACAGUCGCCUGCCGCCUCCUCCUGAUCCCAAUGACGUUGAUGCUGUCCCUUCCAAACUUCUCAAAAUCAUGGCCUUCGCUUCCUCUUCUUCUUGCCCAUCUGCGGCACAAGGGUCGGCAAGGCCAUCAAUGGGUAUGGAACAGAGAAAGAAAAUAAAAGCUGCUUCUAACGAAAAGAAACUUUGUCUGGAGGUUGAGUCUGGCUCUAAUGCCACUGGAGAUGAAGAGAGAGCUAAUGAUGGACAUUUGAAAUCUCAACUGAUUGAUAAUUGUGAUGAAAUGUAUGUUAGUAGCACACAUGAAAUGGGAAAGAAGAAAAGAAAGAGGAAGAAAGUAAAUGAUCUUAGGUUUGAAAUGGCAGUUGAGUUAGGUGCUGCUCGUUCAAAAAGGCGGGACGCUAAGAAGAAAUAUUUGGAGGCAAAGAAGAAGAAGCACAAAAAAGGUAAAGCAGAUGAAAUUUUGGAUUUCUCUGGGCAUGAGAAGAUCAAGUUUGGGGAUGUCGUUGAAGCUCCGCCAAAGCUGGAUGCAAUUCCCAAGCCUAAGGCAUUGAGGACUGUUCAAGAUGCUUCACGUGAGAGGCUCCAUUUACAGGCUGUUGAGGCCUACAGGAAUCGCAAAGAAUGGGUAUCAAGGCCAGGAAUCCACCUUCCUCCUGUAACUACAUCACCUUCUUUGUAACAGAUGUGAGUAUCUAUUUGGAUGCAAUUAUAGCCAAGGACUCAGAUGGGCCCUGUAACCCUGUAAUCUUUUUGAAAUCAUUCAAUUUCAGAAUAUGGUGUGCUUUUUAGAAUGCAGAUGGCAAGCACAUUGAGUAGGUAGUCUGUACAUCAUUAUCAUUGGUCUCACAAUAAUACAACUAUGAACAGCUUGCCUGGUCAUCAAAUGCAUGGCAUUUUUUUUGCCUCAUUUGACUACAUUUAAAAAAUCUCCCGAGAAUUCAGAAUUCAGCUUUUGAGACCUGAAUUCUUCGAAGUUAAAAGAAA